AUGAAACAAAAAUCUUGGAAUAUUAAUCUAGAAGAAAUGAUGCAAGCAGGAGUCCAUUUUGGUCAUCAAGCUAGAAAAUGGAAUCCUAAAAUGGCCUCUUAUAUUUUUACAGAACGUAAAGGUAUUCAUAUUUUAAAUCUUACUCAAACAGCUCGUUUUUUAUCAGAAGCUUGUGAUUUAUUAGCUAAUGCAUCAAGUAAAGGAAAACAAGUUUUAAUUGUAGGUACUAAAUAUCAAGCCGCUGAUUUAGUAGCAUCAGCUUCAAUAAAAGCUCGAUGUCAUUACAUAAAUCAAAAAUGGCUGGGUGGUAUGCUAACUAAUUGGUCAACUAUAGAAAAGCGUCUUCAAAGAUUUAAAGAUUUGGAAAAUAAAGAAAAAACAGGAGUACUUAAUCAACUUCCUAAAAAAGAAGCAGCAACUUUAAAAAGACAAUUAGUUCAACUUCGAAAAUAUUUAGGUGGAAUUAAAUAUAUGACAAGUUUACCAGAUAUUGUAAUCAUAAUAGAUCAACAAAAAGAAAUUACAGCUAUUAAUGAAUGUAUAACUUUAGGUAUUCCAACAAUUUGCUUAGUUGAUACAGAUUGUGAUCCUGAUCUUACAGACAUACCAAUUCCAGCAAAUGAUGAUGCUAGAGCUUCUAUUCGUUGGAUUUUAAAUAAAUUAACCUUAGCUAUUAGCGAAGGUCGUUAUAAUUCUAUAAAAACAGAGUAA